CCCAGGAUGGAGUUCGUGUCCGAGGUGCGAAGGAAAGUGCAUGAAGCCCGGUCCGGGGUCGAGGCAGAGCGCAAGGCGCGGCAGGACAUUGCUGAGCACCGCGAGCUGAUGGCCUGGAACCAGGCAGAGAACCAGCGGCUGCAAGAGCUACGAAUAGAGAGGCUGCGGCAGGAGGCGCGGGAGCAGGAGCAGCGGCAGGCUGAGGAGAAGGCCCGGCAGGCCCGAGAGACACAGGCCUGGGUGCAACUCAAGGAGCGAGAAGUGCAGCAGCUGCAGGAGGAGGCAAAAAACUUCAUCACUCGAGAGAACCUGGAAGCACGGGUGGAAGAAGCAUUGGACUCCCCAAAGAGCUACAACUGGGCCGUCACCAGAGAGGGCCUGGUGGUUACGCCACAGCACAAGGGCUCCUAAGGCCUCAGUAAGGACAGUGCCUAACCAGGGAACAUGUGUGUAUGGGGGUAGGAAUGUUUGAUCUGACCUGGAAUAAAGCAGUUGAUGUUUUAUUGGAAAAAAGCUCAA